CCUCGCUCGCUGCUGCCUUCGCUCGUCUCCGCAGGCGCCUGAGGUCUCGGACAUUUCCCGGAGUGACAGCCGCGAGAGGCGACCGGACCCCUGAGACCCCGCGCUCAGGACAGGAAUUCUGGGGGAUUUGACUGUAACAAAGUCCUUGGUAAGAUUUUCAAGAGCCCUGAGUGCAACUGCAAAAAGAAAAUAUCUGCUUCUCAUAUAAAGAUUUAAGGAAGAGGAAGGGUCUCCUUCAUCACACAAAAAGCAAUACAAAAAUAAUCCAGAUAACCCAUCAGUAUACAAUCUAAAGCCAAGGACAUUGAAGACUGUAUAGGAAUAAAAGGCCACGCAAUGAUAGCCACCGGAGGCGUAAUAACCGGCCUGGCUGCCUUGAAAAGGCAAGACUCUGCUAGAUCUCAGCAUCACGUCAACCUCAGCCCGACACCUGCUGCCCAAGAGAAGAAGCCUGUCCGUCGGCGGCCCCGGGCUGAUGUCGUGGUUGUUCGUGGCAAAAUCCGGCUUUACUCACCAUCUGGGUUUUUCCUCAUUUUAGGAGUGCUUAUCUCCAUUAUCGGGAUUGCUAUGGCUGUCCUUGGAUAUUGGCCCCAAAAAGAACAUUUCAUCGAUGCUGAAACAACAUUGUCAACCAAUGAAACUCAGGUCAUUCGGAACCAAGGUGGCGUGGUGGUGCACUUCUUUGAGCAGCACUUACAUUCUGAUAAAAUGAAAAUGCUUGGCCCUUUCACCAUGGGAAUUGGCAUUUUCAUCUUCAUUUGUGCUAACGCCAUCCUUCAUGAAAACCGUGACAAAGAAACCAAAAUCAUACACAUGCGGGAUAUCUAUUCCACAGUCAUUGACAUCCACACCCUGAGAAUCAAGGAGCAAAAGCAUAUGAAUGGCAUGUACACUGGUUUGGUGGGAGAAACCGAAGUACUACAGAAUGGGAACUCCUGUGCUUCGAGAUUGGCAGCAAAUACGAUUGCGUCUUUCUCGGGUUUUCAGAGCGGUUUUCGAAUGGACAGUUCAGUGGAGGAGGAUGAGCUUAUGCUAAAUGAAAACAAGAGUUUUGGGCAACUUAUGCCUCCUCUGCUCUCUGACAGUGCUGUCUCUGUUUUUGGCCUCUAUCCAGCUCCUUCCAAAACAACUGAUGAUAAGACCAGUGGCCCUAAGAAGUGUGAAACCAAGUCAAUUGUGUCAUCUUCCAUCAGUGCUUUUACAUUGCCUGUGAUCAAACUUAAUAACUGUGUUAUUGAUGAGCCCAGUAUUGAUAAUAUCACUGAGGAUGCUGAUAAUGUCAAAAGUAGGUCAAGGAAUUUGUCAAUGGAUUCUCUUAUGGUCCCUCUGCCCAGUGCCAAUGAAUCCUUCCAACCAGUCAGCAUGGGGCUGCCAAGGAAUAAUUCUGUUGGGGAGUCUUUGUCAAGUCAGUACAAAUCCUCUGGGGUCCUGGGGCCUGGGGCCGGACAGCUCUUGUCUCCUGGGGCUGCUAGAAGACAGUUUGGGUCUAAUACAUCCUUGCAUUUGCUCUCAUCACACUCAAAAUCCUUAGACUUAGAACGAGGUCGCUCCACUCUAACGGUUCAGGCCGAACAGCGUAAACAUCCAAGUUGGCCUAGACUGGAUCGAAGCAACAGCAAAGGGUAUAUGAAACUGGAGAACAAAGAGGACCCAAUGGAUCGGUUGCUAGUGCCCCAGGCUACCAUCAAAAAGGACUUUACCAAUAAGGAGAAGCUUCUUAUGAUUUCAAGAUCACAUAAUAACUUGAGCUUUGAACAUGAUGAGUUUUUGAGUAACAACCUAAAGCGGGGAACUUCUGAAACGAGGUUUUAAUGUUUAAAAAUAUGUCAUUUUACAAGGAUAUAUAUUUUAAAACUGUUUUCAAAGGUGUUUCCUUCUUAAAACUUUGGUUGUAAGCUUUUUAAAUCAAAUGUUUUGUAGUGUAUUAGAACUGGCUGCUUCAUUGUGUAAUGGAGAUGGUUGUAUGUUUGGAUUACUAAAGACUGCAGUACU